GCGUCUCAAUUCGCAAACCAAACCGCUACCAUUCCCCCUCACUUUUUUCCUUCUCCUUCCCUCCUUCCGGUUUGCAUUGCUUUCUUGCAUUUUUCUUCUUCUCCUCCGGUCAGGGCAAAGUUGAUUCGUACGGCGUUUCGUUGGGUGGAUGAGGUCGUGUUGCGGCCUUCGUAAAUAUGGCUCCUCUUCCCAUCAAGUUCACGGAGCUGCUCCAGUUGACGAGCGCUGAUAUUGCGCCGGCAUCGAUUGGUUUCAAUUCUUGUACUCUAGAGUCGGAUCACUUCGUUUGCGUCCGACAAAAGCUCAAUGAAGCGGACAAGCCACAAGUCAUCAUCAUUAAUCUCAAGAACAACAAUGAGAUCAUUCGCCGCCCCAUCAAUGCAGACAGUGCCAUCAUGCACUGGAACAGAAACAUCAUCGCCCUGAGGCAGGCACGAACAAUUCAGACCUUCGAUCUGACGGCAAAGCAGAAGUUGAAGUCUGCUGCAAUGAACGAGGAUAUCGUAUACUGGAAGUGGAUCAGUGAAUCGAGCAUUGGUCUCGUCACGGAUAACUCCGUCUACCAUUGGGAUGUCUUCGACCCUACGCAGGGCAACCCCGUAAAGAUCUUCGAGCGACUUCCAAAUCUGAAUGGAUGCCAAAUCAUUAACUACCGCGUCAAUGACGACGAGAAAUGGAUGGUUGUCGUUGGAAUUAGCCAGCAGCAGGGACGUGUUGUCGGCUCGAUGCAGCUGUUCUCUCGGGAGCGCGGGAUAUCCCAAUUCAUCGAAGGUCAUGCUGCCGCGUUCGCAACGAUUAACGUCGAAGGGUCUCCUCUUCCUCACAAGCUCUUUACCUUUGCCGUCCGCACUCCCACCGGUGCGAAGCUGCAGAUCGCCGAGAUUGAUCACCAAGAGCCAAACCCCAGGUUCCAGAAGAAGGCUGUGGAGGUCUUCUUCCCUACGGAGGCGGUCAACGACUUCCCUGUUGCUAUGCAGGUGUCGAGGAAGUACGAUAUCGUAUACCUCGUCACCAAGUACGGUUUCAUUCAUCUCUACGACCUCGAGACCGGCACAUGUAUUUUCAUGAACCGCAUAUCCAGUGAGACCAUCUUCACAACCGCCCCAGACUCCGACUCUGCUGGUCUUGUCGGUGUCAACCGUAAGGGUCAGGUGCUGUCUGUCAGCGUCGACGAGAACACGAUCAUCCCGUACCUCAUGGAGAACCCUGCCAUGUCCGGGCUCGCCGUCAAGCUUGCGUCGAAGGCUGGCCUCCCGGGAGCUGAUCAUCUCUACCAGCAGCAGUUCGACAACCUUCUUGCCCAGGGUAACUACUCUGAAGCGGCUAAGAUCGCAGCAAACUCUCCGCGUGGGUUUCUCAGAACUCCGGAGACCAUCAACCGCUUCAAGAACGCUCCGCAAACCGGUCAGAUGUCGGUUAUCCUACAAUAUUUCGGAAUGCUCCUGGACAAGGGUUCAUUGAACAAGUAUGAAAGUUUGGAGCUUGUACGCCCCGUGCUGUUGCAGAACCGCAAGCAUCUACUGGAGAAGUGGAUGCGCGAGAACAAGCUGGAGGCCUCUGAAGAGCUUGGAGAUAUUGUUCGCCCUCAUGACAUGAACCUCGCCCUCCAGAUCUACCUCCAGGCCAAUGUCCCUCACAAGGUUGUCGCCGGAUUCGCCGAGACCGGCCAGUUUGACAAGAUCCUUGCGUAUUCGAAGCAGGUUGGAUACCAGCCCGAUUACACCCAGCUUCUGCAGCACAUUGUGCGUGUCAACCCCGAGAAGGGCGCGGAAUUUGCUGCUCAGCUAGCAAAUGAAGAGACAGGCGCUCUCGUCGACCUGGACCGUGUCGUGGACGUCUUCCUUUCUCAAAACAUGAUCCAGCAAGCUACCUCCUUCCUCCUAGAUGCCCUAAAGGAUAACAAGCCUGAGCACGGUCACUUGCAGACUCGUCUGCUCGAGAUGAACCUUGUCAACGCUCCGCAGGUCGCUGAUGCCAUUCUCGGAAAUGAGAUCUUCACGUACUACGACAAGGCCAGAAUUGCGCAACUCUGCGAGGCCGCCGGGCUCUACCAGCGUGCCCUGGAGAACACUGAUGACCCCGCUGUCAUUAAGCGCAUCAUUGUUCAUACCGACAAGCUCAACCCGGAGUGGCUGAUGAACUACUUCGGUCGCCUUUCGGUCGAGCAGUCGCUUGACUGCUUGAACGAGAUGCUCCAAGCAAACAUCCGCCUCAACCUGCAGGCUGUCGUUCAGAUCGCAACGAAGUUCUCUGACCUUCUGGGCCCGAACCGUCUCAUCGAUCUGUUCGAGAAGUACCGCACUGCUGAGGGUCUGUACUACUACCUCGGCAGCAUUGUCAAUCUUAGCGAGGACCCCGAGGUCCACUUCAAGUACAUUGAAGCCGCUACGGCUAUGGGACAGAUCACCGAGGUGGAGCGUAUCUGCCGUGAGAGCAACUACUACAACCCCGAGAAGGUCAAGAACUUCCUGAAGGAGGCCAAGCUCACUGAGCAGCUGCCGUUGAUCAUCGUCUGCGACCGUUUCAACUUCAUUCAUGACUUGGUGUUGUAUCUGUACCAGAACCAGCAGUUCAAGUCGAUCGAAGUUUAUGUGCAGCGUGUCAACCCGUCUCGCACUCCCGCUGUCGUUGGAGGUCUCCUGGAUGUUGACUGCGAUGAGAGCAUCAUCAAGAACCUUCUCUCAACUGUCGAUCCUGCUUCGAUUCCCAUCGACGAUCUUGUCAACGAGGUCGAAAGCCGCAACAGGCUCAAGCUUCUUUUGCCCUUCCUUGAGGCUACCCUGGCCACAGGUAACCAGCAGCAGGCCGUCUACAAUGCUCUCGCCAAGAUCUACAUUGAUAGCAACAACAACCCCGAGAGGUUCUUGAAGGAGAACGACAUGUACGACACGUUGACCGUCGGAAAGUACUGUGAGAAGCGUGACCCCAAUCUCGCAUACAUUGCCUACAGGAAAGGUCAGAAUGACCUGGAGCUUAUCAACAUCACCAACGAGAACUCCAUGUACAGAGCCCAGGCUCGCUACCUGCUGGAGCGCGCCGAUCCUGAGAUCUGGGCCUUCGUUCUGAACGACAACAACAUCCACCGACGAUCAGUCGUGGAUCAGGUCAUUGCCACUGCUGUUCCCGAGUCGACCGAGCCUGACAAGGUGUCCGUCGCCGUCAAGUCUUUCCUGGACGCUGAUCUUCCCGCGGAGCUGAUCGAACUGCUCGAGAAGAUCAUCUUGGAGCCUUCUCCUUUCAGUGACAACAGCAGUUUGCAGAACCUGCUCAUGCUGACCGCUGCCAAGGCGGACAAGGGACGUCUGAUGGACUACAUCCACCAGCUCAAUGAAUUCAGCGCAGAUGAGAUUGCGCAAAUGUGCAUUUCAGUCGGUCUUUAUGAGGAGGCGUUUGAGAUCUACAAGAAGGUCGACAACCACCUCGCUGCCACCAAUGUCCUCGUCGAGAACAUUGUCAGCAUCGACCGCGCUCAGGAAUACGCCGAACGUGUCGAGCUGCCAGAGGUUUGGAGCAAGGUUGCAAAGGCGCAGCUUGAUGGUCUCCGUGUGUCUGAUGCUAUCGAGUCGUAUAUCCGUGCGGGCGAUCCCUCCAACUACAACGAGGUCAUCGAGACGGCUACCCAUGCUGGCAAGGAUGAAGAACUCGUCAAGUUCCUCAAGAUGGCUCGGAAGACUCUGCGUGAGCCUGCUAUUGACACUGCUCUCGCCUUCUGCUACGCCCGUCUGGACCAACUGGCGGAGCUUGAGGACUUCCUUCGUUCUACCAAUGUCGCUGAUGUCGAAGCCUCUGGUGACAAGGCAUACGCGGAAGGUUACCACGAGGCUGCCAAGAUCUUCUACAGCAGCAUCUCGAACUGGGCCAAGCUCGCCACCACUCUCGUGCACCUCGGUGACUACCAGGCAGCCGUCGAAUCCGCUCGUAAGGCCAACAGCGUCAAGGUCUGGAAGGAAGUCAACUCUGCCUGUAUCGAGAAGAAGGAAUUCCGCCUGGCACAGAUUUGCGGUCUGAACCUUAUCGUGCACGCAGAGGAGCUUCAGGAUCUGGUCCGCCAGUACGAGCGCAAUGGCUACUUUGACGAACUCAUCUCCGUCCUGGAAGCUGGUCUUGGUCUCGAGAGAGCGCACAUGGGUAUGUUCACCGAACUUGGUAUUGCUCUGUCGAAGUACCACCCCGAGCGGGUCAUGGAGCACCUCAAGAUCUUCUGGUCUCGUAUCAACAUCCCCAAGAUGAUCAAGGCCUGCGAGGAAGCCAAUCUGUGGCCAGAACUCGUCUUCCUGUACUGCCACUACGAUGAGUGGGAUAACGCCGCUCUGGCGAUGAUGGAGCGGGCGGUUGACGCCUGGGAGCACCACUCUUUCAAGGACAUUAUCGUCAAGGUUGCUAACCUUGAGAUCUACUACCGAGCGCUCAACUUCUACCUUCAGGAGCAGCCUCUUCUGCUCACGGAUCUCCUGCAGGUCCUGACUCCCCGCAUUGAUGUUAACCGUGUUGUCCGAAUCUUCCAGGCUUCGGAUAACAUCCCGUUGAUCAAGCCCUUCCUGCUUAGCGUGCAGAGCCAGAACAAGCGGGCCGUCAACGAUGCGAUCAACGAUCUGUUGAUCGAAGAGGAAGACUACAAGACGCUGCGCGACUCUGUCGAGAAUUACGAUAACUACGACCCCGUCGAUCUCGCCCAGCGCCUUGAGAAGCACGACCUGGUGUUCUUCCGCCAGAUUGCGGCCAACAUCUACCGCAAGAACAAGCGCUGGGAGAAGUCGAUCGCCUUGUCCAAGCAAGACAGGCUGUUCAAGGAUGCUAUUGAAACCGCCGCCAUGUCCGGCAAGUCGGAGGUUGUGGAAGACCUUCUGCGAUACUUCGUCGACAUUGGAAGCCGCGAAUGCUACGUUGGAAUGCUUUACGCUUGCUACGACCUCAUCCGUCCCGACGUCAUCAUGGAAAUCUCGUGGCGCCACGGCCUGCAUGACUUCACGAUGCCCUACAUGAUCAACUUCCUCAGCGAGCAGACCCGCGCCAUUGAGCUGCUCAAGAAGGACAAUGAGGAGCGCAAGGCGAGGGAAGUGACGCAGAAGAAGGAAGAGGACAACACGCCAAUCCUGGGUGGUAGUCGUCUGAUGCUGACUCAGGGGCCGGCAGCGGCGCCCAGCCCGGUGCCAUUUGCCAACGGUAUCACGCCGCAGGCGACCGGGUUCCGCGCCUUCUAGAUGGGCAGUUCUGACGAUGUAUGUAAAAUAGACACGGACGGUCGGCGGGGAUGGGCGGAUUCUGGUGAGGGCUCUCUCUUUUGAGGACUGACCGGGGUUUCGAGGCCUGGCUUCAUGUGUAAUGUGGAGGAUCGCCUUGUGGUGAAGUUCAGCCUGGGCGGUAAUGAUGGCGGAGCCGACCACAUUCUAGGCCUUUCCUCUUACUCUUCUUGCGGUUGUUUUUUAUUUUUUUCCCCUGUGAUGGUGUAUUUGAUAUGCUGCCAU